AAAGGCAAUCGCUGAAAGUUCUUCCGUAAUCGAAUAAGUUCAUAGGUGUGGAAAUUUAUAUAUUUUUUUGUUUUGCGAAAACUACAAUAUGUAUAUUUGUGAAAUUUUUCAAGUGAAGUUAGAACAAAAAUCGCUUAUGUGACUGCUAAUAAAGCAUAAGAAUCAAGGGAUUACUCUAAAUUGACAAAGGAGUCAACAAAGGACUGAAAAUUAAGCCGCAAGACGUUUAUUUUUAGCUUCAGUAUAAACGGCCUCCAUUAAGGAUUAGUACGACACCCGAAGAAUUGAAGAAUUGAAUCGAAAUAAAAAAGAAAUAAAUAUUCUACUAAAAAAAAUCUAUCUUAACAACAUAGAUAGUUCUCAUACAUAUAGACUACGAAUUAAAACCAGCCAACGACAUCAGCAAAAUGCAGGACUCGCCCGAUGCCAAGAAGCCUUGUAAGGGUAUAUUGAAGAAUUCUAGCAGUUUUGAUAAGCCUGGCGCCGCCAGUUACCGCAAAAGUGCGAAAUUUGAUGAACUGAAUGUGUUGCAAACCUACCAUCCACUUGAUAAGGAUUAUGGUCAUAUGAAAAUUGAUGAGCCAAAAACGCCAUACAACUACGUUAUUCCAGAUAUAGCGCACACAGAUACUUUGGACGCAAAUUUACUAGCAGAAAAAUUACGUAUCGCAGCAAGCACACAAUCGCCUUCAUUUGGUUCUGAGGAGCUUUCUGAUGAAGAAAACAUUGAUGAAACACCUGAAGAAAAAGUUCGUCGGCUUGAAUUCGAACGCCGCCGUAAGGCGCAUUACAAUGAAUUCGAAGCCGUUAGACUAGCGCGUAAACUAAUUGAAGAAGAGCUGGAUGAUGAGGACGACGAGCACGAUAUUUCAUCUACCAGUGAAGAUGUUAAAUCGGCUAUUUCUGUUGAAAAAUCUAACGAGGAAAGAAUUGAACCAGAGAGUGAAAAUACAGAAAAGAAAACUAAGAAAGAAAAAGCCUUGGCUGAAGAACAGACACGUACCACAGAGGACGAUUCAGAGAUUGAUUCUCGUGUAAGCAUUCAGCCAUCAACAAGCAAUAUGGAUGUGGAUGCGCAAUUGCAACCCUCACAUCCUUGCUACGGAAGAGAUUAGUAAACUCAAAUAUGAACAAACAAAAACAUACCUUCAUGCAGUAAUAUAAUCAUUGCUUGUAGGGGCAUUAUCUAAACAAUUAACAAAUAAAUCAACGAUAAAAGUAACAUGCCGUGAUCGCUACCCUAAUAUUACAUAAAAUUUUGACGAAAAAAAAUACAUACUAACACAAAAAAUUGUACUCAGAGAAGCGCCAUUUCGUUUAUCUAUAAAGAAAAAAAAAAAACAAUAAAAUUGCAAUCAUUUAGAAAGUUAUUGUACCAGUUUGCAUUACUAAGUUUUUCAAUAAAUUUGCGUUUUUGAGCACACUUAUGCUAUUAUAUGCAUACAUCAAAUUAAAGUACAUAUUCAUUUAUGUAUGGAUAUAAAGGCUAUAGACUAAAAUUAGUAGUUAAUGGAGCGCAUAAUAAUUGAAAAGCAGUUCAGAUCUGUAAAUUUCUUUCAUUAAAUCAAACAGUUACUAAGGCAUAAUUAUCUUAUAACAUGGUCGUGACUAUGGAAUGGAGAGUUGUAGAUUUGAUGGUUCAGUGGUGGAUCUUAAAUAAUAAGGAAAAAAUCUUUAACAAAACACGAAAAUCUUAUGUCUUGAAUAUAGCUGGAAAUUACCUUUAUGUCAAAAGGCUCGCCGAUUUUGUUUAGCUGAAUAGUUAAAUAUUAUUUAAUAAAUUUUAUUAUCCAUUUUUGGCUUGAUUUUAAAUAAUCUACAGACAAAGGUUACUUUCUUAUUGCCAUCUUCACAAAAAUACUAAGGCAAUAAAGAGGCAACAUUUGUAAAGGCCAUCACAUACACUAUUUUAAACUGACAACAAAUCAAAUAAACAUUAGAUUUAAAAUAAUUUAUCAAUAAAAAAUCGAGCAAAUUUGGAUUUUAAUAUUAAAUAAAAAAAGACCAACAAAUUUGCGAUAGGAGUAUUCUCUGAAUCUUCCAAAGCGCUUGCACGGUUUGCAAAGCUGUCCCAUACGAAAACUGAUUUUUACCGUGCAAUCUGUGCGCCGUGCAAGAGCUUUGCAAAACUCAGAGAAUACCACUAAUGUAUUUUACAAAAAUUAAAUAUU